AUGACGGGCAAUGUCCGCCCCGCCCGCGCCGGCCUUAACAAGGUCACCAAGCCGUCGUCGCCGACUGCUGCUGGCCGCCGGCAGAGCCGCCAGCUGCUGACCGCCGCCGCCGUGCUUGCCGAGCAGCAGCGGCGCCAGCAGCAGCACCAGCACCAGCACCUGGCCACUGCUGCCGCCACCCUAGACGACCCCCACGCUCUCCUGCACCAGCACCACCAGGAGCAGCAACAGCAUCAGCAACCACAGCAGCUUCAGCAUCAUCAUCAUCAACAACAGCAGCAACAGCAGGCGCAUGCGCAUCCACACCACGGGCAACACCACCACCAGCACAUGGUUGACCUGCACAUUCCUGAUGCCAAUGUCAAGCCCGACCACGAUACCCUUCACGACGACCACACCGCCCCAUCCAAGGUCGUCGAAAUUCCCGACACGGUGGUCCAGAACAUGGACCUCAGCGCCGAUGCUAACCUCCUUGCCGCCGGCCCCAGUCUGCUCGACGCCUCCGGCCCGGUGCCGUCAUCGGGUUACAGCUCGCCGCCGCAGGUCGGACUCGCUCAGCCACACUCCCAUGCCCACGGCCUCGGCCACCACCACGCUCACACCCACUCGCUCAGCCACGGCCACAACAACGGUCACGGCCAGGAUGAUGACGAUGCCGAGCAGCACGGCCACAACCACGACCACGACCACACCCGCGCCCACGGCCACGGUCAUCACCACGAUCCCGAACACGACCCGGACCACGCGCAUGCCCACGACCACGAGCGCAACCCGUCCGCCGCUCCGGCGCAUCACCAUGGCCUCGAGUUCAUGAGCCAGCUGCGCCUGACCGAGGACAUGGCGAGCACGUCGGGCUACUCGGGCUUCGUCACCGAGUCGGCCCUGGCCAAACGCCUGGCCAGGGAGCCCGGGCAACGCCUCGCCCAGCAGCGCCGGCCCGAGCAGUCGCUGAACCUGGCCCGCCGUAGCAACGUCGAGGCGCUGUUCGCCCACAUCGCCGGCGAGGAGGUGCUCCAGCCCUGCAAGAACUGCCGCAAGGGCCACGGCCCCUGGACCGUCUGCGUCAUUGUCGACGGCCAGAUGUGCGGGAGCUGCGCCAAUUGCUGGUUCAACGCGUCCGGCGCAAGAUGUUCUUUCCAUGAGACUCGGAACCUGCAGGGCCACCCCCUCUCCCAGCAGGCGCAGCAGCACCACGUCCACCCCUUGCAGACCGCCGCCGGCGGUCCCACCUCGCAGGACCCCUACGCCGUCCCCAGCCCCCUGGCACUAGCCCCGCCGCCCGGCAGCGCCCCCGGCAGCGGCGGCGGCGGCGGCGGCAUCAGCUUCGGGCCGGGCCUGAGCAUGACGGACGCCGCCGUCAGAUACACGGUCGAGCGCUGCAUGUCCGACGUCCGCGCUGCUGACAGGAAGGCGAGGCAGCUCAUCAAGGUCGAGAUCGCCGCCAAGCAGCUGGCGCUCGAGAUACUCGAGUACGAGGAGAUGGCGGCCGCCGGCCAGGGCGACCACCACCACGACGCUGACGGAACCGGACAGUCCGUCCAGGAUCACGCCGUCGGGGAUGUGGGGAGUUCAUGA